AUGACUUGUUGCAUUAUUUCACUUCUUAAAGCUGGAAUUGGUUUUGAUGAUUCUAACAUGAUGAUGAUUGCCCAUGUUCGACUGUCUUUGAAUCUCGGCAUGUUGAAACCAGCUAACGUUUCGGCGAUAUCGCCUUCGUCAGAGCCUGGAAGCGUCAAAGCCAUUAGUGACCUAUCCCCUCAAGCCAUUAGUGACCUAUCCCCUCAAGCGCAUCACCCUACAGAAAGCACCCAAACGGUCACGCUCCGAAUCAUUCGCAUGUUAUCCGCGAUUCUCGUACUUCUGCAGGAAACUAACCAUUCUAUUCGCUCUAAGGCCAAGUCAAGGCUGCAGGAGAAAUUUGGCAAACUGCUAGAUCAUAGGCAAGUUUUGGACUUAGGCCCCAGUUUCGCUCCAUCUCAAUCAGUACGCCCCGUGAUAUCGCGCAAGAUAGUGGGCAGCCUGCAAUUGGUUCAUGAACGUCUGCGAUUGAGAGCUAAAGAGGAAGAGCAAGACAGAGUGCAAGAAACCUCUAGAGUUCGAGUUUUCCCUCCUAUCCCUUUUCCUACAUUACUGUACAACCCACAGGAGGCAAAUUCGGUGGUAGACACUAAGUUUCGCUUAUUUGCUAUGGACCUCACGGACGAUAGUACAUACUACCCGUCAUCGGCACAUGAAUUUGGCAGACAAUAUCGCCGCUUGAACAGGAUAUGGACGGAGACCACAAAAUCAGUAGGUUUGCCAAGAACAACUAUCACGCGUCUAAAAUGUGAUCGGCCCACCUGCCCGGUCCUUUAUGUCCUCAUCAAGACCCACAAGCUUUCCGCUGCCGAAUUUAGUUCAAACAACCCAGGGGAUUUCAAGGUUAGACCUAUCAUUAGCAAUAUUGGAGGUCCCACCGACAGAAUAUCCUGGUUCCUUAACACUAUUCUCAGCCAGCUACUCCAGUACGUUCCAGCUCAUCUCUCAAACACAAAAAUGUUCAUAGAGCACCUCCGCAAAGCGCGCCUUGAUGGAGAUUGUGUCAUCGAAUCUUUCGAUGUCACUUCACUCUACACCAACGUCUCCAUCGAUGCUGCACUACAAGCAACAUCAGAGCUGCUUCUCGAACACCAGGGGACUCUUAACAUGUAUGGUUUUGCGAUACAGCAAAUAAUGAUGCUGCUGAGCGAAUGUUUGAGAUGUUCCGUAUUUCGCUGGUCUGGGCAAUACUAUAGGCAGAUUAGAGGCUUGGCCAUGGGACAAAGACUUGCGCCUACAUUAGCCGUUGCUUUCAUGUCUAAAGUGGAAAAACCCCUACUGGAACGCAAACCGUUAUUGUACUGCCGAUACAUAGAUGAUUGUUGCAUUGUAUGUCCAACACAAGCUGAAAUGGACUCUUGCUUCGAUCUCUUAAAUAAACAAUCCCAGUACAUAAAGUUCACGAGGGAAAAACCUAAAGACAACUGGCUGCCGUUUCUCAAUGUCCAGGUUCAUUUGUGUAGGGGAAAUUGGAAAACAAAAUGGUAUCGAAAACCAAGUUGUAAAAACAUUCUGAUUCACUACCAAUCGGCGCACCCCUGGAGAACCAAAAAGUCAGUCAUUGAAAAUAUGUUCAAGACAGCGGCAACGGUUUCAUCUGAAGCUCAAGGGCGCAUUGUCUCCAUAAACAUGGCUAACCGCAUUGCUCAGUCCAAUGGGUACCCAGCAAAAGUCUCUCAUUCAAAUCGGAGCCAUGCAACUGAGCGGCGGUGCCACAGGGUAGAACAAGCAACAAAGAUCCCUUUCUGCCUUCCUUUUAUUUCGGAUGACAUGAGCAAUGCAGUGCGAGCAAGCUUACGACAGGCGGGUCUGCAAGACUCAGUCAGAGUAGUGGACAUACCACCUGUAAACCUGAAGCAGCAACUAGUCCGCAAUCGCGCAUAUGACAGACUUUGUGAGACACCGAAUUGCAUCGUUUGUCCAAACGGGAGGCAGGGUGAUUGCGUGGUAUCGGGGGUUAUCUACCUAAUCACCUGUCAGUUAUGUGGGGCUGAGUACAUUGGCGAAACAGGAAGAUCACUAUGUGCUCAUCGCAGACAGUGUCAUGACAACACCCCUUUCAAGAUAGCUGUCACUAUCUUGGCACGCGAAUCAGACGUUCUAGCGCGAAAAACAUUGGAAGCGUUUGAUAUCACGGCCAAAAGUCCUAUCAUGAAUCAGGCGGGGGCAUCGUUACUAGUUAAUACUAGCGGCGCAACUCUCACAACUGGUGGUCCGCUAACAUCACGAUUUCGUGGCUAUCAAGGCUCUGAAGAAGGCGACGACGCCGAAACGUUAGCCAGAAUAAAGAUCAAUAACAAUCUUGGUUCAGCUUAA